GCGGAGAUCGUGGAGAUCCCUGACAAGGGUGCCCACUGUGCAUGCGUGAGAAGAACUGUGCUUUGUCUGCAGUGUUUGGUCAUCUCCUGUACUAUGUCCGUAGCCUCUGGUCAUUCCCUGUACUAUAUCCAUAGCCUCUGGUCAUCCCCUGUACUAUGUUUGCAGUCUCUGGUCAUCCCCUGUACUAUGUCUGCAGUCUCUGGUCAUUUCCUGUACUAUGUCCGCAGUCUCUGGUCAUUUCCUGUACUGUGUCUGCAGUCUCUGGUAAUCUCCUGUACUGUGUCCGCAGUCUCUGGUCAUCUCCUGUACUGUGUCCGCAGUCUCUGGUCAUAUCCUGUUCUGUGUCCGCAGUCUCUGGUCAUCUCCUGUACUAUGUCCAAAGUCUCUGGUCAUCUCCUGUACUGUGUCCACAGUCUCUGGUCAUCUCCUGUACUAUGUCCGCAGUCUCUGGUCAUCUCCUGUACUGUGUCCGCAGUCUCUGGUCAUCUCCUGUACUAUGUCUGCAGUCUCUGUUCAUCUCCUGUACUGUGUCCGCAGUCUCUGGUCAUCUCCUGUACUAUGUCCGCAGUCUCUGUUCAUCUCCUGUACUGUGUCCGAAGUCUCUGGUCAUCUCCUGUACUAUGUCCACAGUUUCUGGUCAUCUAC